GCGAUAUAUUCACUCGAUGCGGCCUUUCAAACUUCCGCUCUAGCAACUGCACUUGUUGCUGACGUGCAUCCACCACUUACGCUACGACGCUGGCCUGCGACGUUGUAUAGCGCCAUUUUGCUAGCCUUGUGGGCUGAAAGCGCCUCUAAUGGCAUAUAUGGACGAAUCAUAACCGCAAGCCGCAACAUGGCGCUCGAUAGUGAUGACCAUCUGCCGGCUAGAUCAGGUCGACCACAUAGGUCCCGGAAGUUUAUGGCGGCGUCAUCUUCCCACCAAUAUAACGUCCUUGAAAUUUCAGGCCACCUUCUCUUUCAUAUGCACAACACCCCUGGUUCGCACGGGAACCACAACGGAUGGAACCUGAGCUUAACCGGCAUCCCCAGUCAGGAGCACGGCUCGCUUGAUUAGCGACUCUCAACCAACACCUUGAACCACAUGCGCGGCAUUUGAAGACGCCGUCUCCACGAAUUACCCCGGAUUUACUCGUUAAUACGAACCAGCGGGGUGCAUCCAUCCGUACCAGGGUUUCUCUAUAUAAGUUCCUUGUCACCGCCUAUCACCUGGCCCUGUCUUGACCAGACCCAUCGACAUCAACCCCCUACUCUCAGACAUCUGCAACUUUCCAUCAUGAAGUUUUUCGGAUUGGCUCUUGCCACCUUUAUCUUGGGCUCUUCAGCCUCCCCUGCCCAGCUUGACCCCCGCGCCGUCUCCAAAUCAUGGGGCGGCACGAGCAACUACUUCAUCCAGGGCAUGGCUGAUGACCUGCAGGAGAAGUAUAUCAAGGCUCUUGCAGCUACUGGUGCUCGCGUCAUCCGCGUUUGGGUUAACGCUCAACCCGGCAACAAUGCCUGCGUCAAGGGAAGCCGCAGUGUAACGAAGCUGCUCGACUUUGAGACGACUAUUGGCCAGUACAACUGGGCAACCCUGGACGCCCUUGACAAGACCCUUGUCCUUGUCGAGAAGUACGGCAUGAAGGCCCUGGUUUCUCCCCACGAUGCCAAUGCUCUCCACGGAGCCAAUGGCAAUGACAUCUACGGCCAAACUUGGGGCCCUGGAUACUUCUAUGAGAAACAGGAGGCCAUUGAUGCCUUUGAGGCCCGCCUCCGUGCCAUCUUCACGUACAAGGGCAAAUACUCCGGCAAGGUCUGGAAGGACUGGAACUCCACCAUCAUGGCCUUUGACAUUGAAAACGAGCCGUUCAGCUCCAAAACGGAGGAGUGCAAGUACAGCAGUGCCCCUACCUGGGUAUGUGGCCGUUCCAAGACCAUGCGUGACAUUCUAGGCGCAAACAACCCCAUUAAGAUUGCUACCGGUGGUUUCGGCGGCGAUAUCAGCCAGGGCUGCACCUUUGAGGCUGGCGCUACUAGCUGCCCAAGCGUAGACAUUGUCUCUGUCCACCGCUACGCUGGUCCGGAGUCCAGCAAUCCCAGCCAGUGGACCAACAGCUACAACAGCUGGCUGAAGCAGACCAACGGCAAGCUUGUCUUUGUUGAGGAAUGGGGCAUCAAUGGCACCAAAUACAGCCAGAAGGACGAGUUUGCCUCCAACACCAAGGACAUGAACGCUGGCGGGCUGCCCUUCCUGUACUGGCAAAUCUUGCCUGAGAAGGUCUGCGAUGUCAGUGACGGCGACCCCUUUGGCUUCUUCAUCAACAGCGGUGUUGAUAUUUCUACACCCAUGAACAACGCCAAGGCUACCAACAGUAAGCAGGACUGGUCUGGAAUCGUUUAAUGCGCUUUUGCAAGACCGCUGCCAUAUCAGUAAGAGUAAAUAUGAGUUGAUGACACUUACAUAUAUAAAUCAAGCACAAUAUCCCAAUUCUCGCCGGCGAUGGGAUGGAUAUCUGUACAUAGCUAGUCAUGGAAUAUAUCAAUCACACAACACCGUAUUUGAUCCAGGUACAGAUAGAGAUACUGUUCUUCAAUACAGAUGAUAAUCCAAUCACGAUUCUAUUAAUAACCAAAAAGGAUGUGUAUCUAUGUAGGGACGGCUAAUACUGCCGGAGUUGUUCCCAACCCUGUUGGUUUUGUCUUCAUUAUAAUUCAUACAGCUGCUUGGAAACCACCAUGACAGCGUCGCAGUCAUCUCCAGGGCGCAGAUUGGGAUGCUUUAAUUUUUCUUUUGUUUCUUUCAUUCUCGUUCGUCUCCAUUGAUGGGUGCUUUUUGGUAUGGCAAAGGGGUCACAAAUAUUUACUGGGAUUCGCUAACAACCUUGCAGAAGGCCUCGGCAACACGUUCAACGUUGGAGGUGUUAAGACCGGCCAUGCUGAUACGGCCGUUGGUGGUCAUGUAAAUGUGGUACUCGUCACGGAGCUUCUUGACCUGAUCAGGGUUAAGACCAGUGAAGCUGAACAUGCCAAUCUGAUCUGUGAUGUGGUUCCAGGUUCCAGGGGUGUUGAGGGCCUCAAGCUUGGAGCGCAGAGCAGCGCGCAUAUCCUUGAUACGGUUGGACAUGGUGAGGAGGUUCUCCUCCCACUCGGCAAAGAGCUUCUCAUCGUUCAGGACAGUAGAAACAAUGCGGCCGGCGUACAGAGGAGGGUUGGAGAUCUCAACACGCUGAAGAAGGGCGAGCUGAGAGCUAAUUCUGGUGAUGGUAGCCUCAGCCUGGGGGCUGGGACCAGUGACAAGGUGGAAGCAGCCGGCACGCUCACCGUAGAGACCAAAGUUCUUGGCGAAACUCUGAGCAACGACAAGCUCAAAGCCCUGUUCGAUGAAGUAGCGAACAGAGGCAGCGUCACGGGCAAGGCUGCCACUGGCGAAGCCCUGGUAGGCGCAGUCGAAGAAGGGGAAGUGGUUCUUGCUGCGGAUGAUGGUGGCAAGCUCCUUCCACUGGUCGAGCGUAGGAUCGACACCAGUAGGGUUGUGGGCGCAAGGGUGAAGAAGAAUGAUGGAGCCCUCGGGAGCCUCCUGGAUACCGCGCUUCAUGCCCUCAAAGUCGAGGCCGCGGGUCUGCUUGUCGAAGUAAGGGUAGUCGACGCAUUGGAAACCGACAUUCUCGAAGAUGGGCUUGUGGUUAGCCCAUGUAGGGUUGGAGACGUAAACCUUGGCACCAGCCUUGUAGAAUCUGGCAAGGAAGAGAGCGCCGAAGUGGACGGCACCGGUACCGGAGAUGGACUGGACAGAGGUCACACGCUUCUCCUUGAUGGCGGGGGAGUCGGCGCCGAGCAUGAGCUCAGCAGCCUUGGAGGUGAAAUCGGGAGUACCAGCGAUAGGGCCAUAUUCGUGGUUGAGGGCAGCAUUGUUGCGGAGAAUUUCAUCGGCCUAGAGUGGUAAGAGAAGCCAAGAGGUCAGCAUGCGUAAGGUGUGAGUGUUAAUACCGGGGCGAAGUAAGCCAGAGCUAAUGGUGCAGAAAUAAGCUUGUAAAGAGGAUAAUGGUCCCCGCAUGUACUCUCGAUGCAGGGAUUUGGGCAAAAAGCUCAAAAAAGACAGGAGGUGAAGUCAUGAUUGAUGUAUGAGGGAAAUUGACGAUGUUUUCGCAAUGCGCAAAUACUGCCCGCAGCUGCGCAAGUUGCGGCUGCAUCGCCGUUGGGCGAGCGUCGUACGACGGAGCAUGGUAGCGCAUGGCGGGGUACGAGCUCGGAUGAGGGACGCAGAAAAAUGCGCCACGGCUGCUGUCAAAGGGCGCGGCUCGCCGAUGUGUGUAAAACGUGGUAGAAAAACAUGAAAUAAAAAGUAUGCAUACCUUUUUUACGACGGGGAGAACCCAGGGCUUAGCAUCGUUAUCGCGGUAGGCACCGACACCCUAUGAGAGACGGCAUGGUUAGCUAUAGAAUGUUGGAGAUGGAGAGGCGCGGGGGAACUCACAAGAUCGACUUUCAGGGCGUCAGUAUCGGCUCUGAAGGCGCGAGUAAGACCGAACAUGCCAUCCUCAGGAGCCUGAGGGACGACGCUUUCGGGGAAAUUGGUAGUAGACAUGGCGGGAGAGAUGUGGUUUGCGAUGUUGUUGAGGCGGGCGAGGGAGGAUGAAGAAGAGGAAGAAGUGGAAGGGGCCAUGAUGGGCUGUAAAUCUUUUUUGACUCGUCCAGGCGGCUUCGGGGGGUGAUGACACAAGGCGCGCGGUUGGCUGGGCUGCUCAGCAGGCAAAGGUGGGCGGGCUACUACAGCGUGGUAGUGGGCUGUUGUAGCGCCUGUAGUGGGGAGUUUGCAGCGGGGGUCGGUUGCUGGAGCUGGAGCUGCUGCCAAAGUUGGACGAAUAAGCCUACAGAUAAUUGGUCAGUCUCAGGUUUUUUUUUUCUCAAAUCACAUUGUACCUGGCGCAGCUGAUGCAGGUGACGUUGGCAAGGAAGCGAACAAGGGAAGAAAAAAGACGCAUAUAAAACAGAUUGCCAGUGGUGAAGCUGACAAAAAGUUCCAAAAAACCAGGGAAGGAAAGAACGGAUUGAACAAAAGGACACCCCGUUCACACACACAGCCACCAGCUGUUUGACACCUGCGCCAGCUGCCAAUCGGUACUCUGCCAGUGCGCGCAAACCAGCUGGAGCAGCUGCGCGGUCCUCUCGUCUCCGGUGGCGCCCGACCCGGUUGGCGCCGAGCAGGACCGGCUUGCGGCGGACACCCGCCCACUUUGGGCAGGUACGGCUUGUUCGACCGUUGCUAGCCCUUGUGGUUUGGCAGCAGUAGCCGGGCCCUAAUUGCGAUCCCAAAGGCGUGUUUGAUAUAAAGGAUGUUGCGCCGGGGUCCGCGGCUGGAAGACCAGAUUGAACAGUGUGAGGCCGCGGUAUCCGACCUGGGGAACGGCUUCGCAAAAGGACGGAAGCGGACCCGACGACUUUGUGUAGGAGAGUGCUUUUGGUGCUAAUGCAAGGGCGCUGCGCUGCGUGUUACUUACAGUACAAUGACGUUGUGCAGGAAUCGGGACAGGCCGGGGGAGUCGAAGAGGCGGGUGUCGGCGUGAAGAUUGUGCGACGGUGCUUGAAUGCAAAAGACGAGGUUUAGCAGGAAGCAAUGUAAAGGAUAAAAUACAAACGACGAAAAUCGCUGGCGUUUACCAAAGGCGUUUGCGGCGGGUGGCCUCGUGGGUUUUAUGGCGUGGGGUCUCCAUUCCCGGCUCUGCCUUGCCUUUCACAGAGGCCGAGGCUGCUUCGGCUACGCCAGUAUGGCGGGUGGGUGGUCACUGGCAUGAGCUUGCGACACUUGUAGUAGCGCACGCAACUGUGCCUGCGUAAUGCUUGCAAGUAAGGUAGCGAAGGGGAACAUGAGAAAAAUUCCGACAAGUCAUGUACCAAUUGUAGAGCGG